CCUGCCUGGGCAAUGCCUACCUAUUCUGUCUCCUGUUGCUGAGAGACUGACAUCUUGUAGCAACACAGACUUCUGCCUGGGAUUCAACCAUGCCGCUCGAUAGACUUCCUGGCUGGCUAUUUGCUGUGGUCUAUUGGCAUCUGCUUCUCCUCCUCCAUGUGCAUGGCCAGGACUCAGUCAGCCCCAUCAGGAACACACACACAGGACAGGUGAGAGGAAGCCUCGUCCAUGUGAAAGACAGUGAUGUUGGUGUCCACACCUUCCUGGGGAUUCCCUUUGCCAAGCCACCUGUGGGACCACUGCGCUUUGCACCACCUGAGCCCCCUGAGCCAUGGAGUGGUGUGAGAGAUGCAACCUCUGAGCCAGCCAUGUGUCCACAGACUGAUAUAAUGAGUUUAAUGGGUGCGAAGGAGAUGAAUCUGAUUGUGCCUCCUACAUCGAUGUCUGAGGACUGCCUGUAUCUCAACAUCUACACACCAGCUCAUGCCCGUGAAGGUUCGAACUUACCUGUGAUGGUAUGGAUCCAUGGUGGAGGACUGGUUGUAGGAAUGGCUUCCAUGAAUGAUGGGUCCAAACUAACUGCUACUGAGAAUAUAAUAAUGGUCUCGAUCCAGUAUCGCUUGGGUAUCCUCGGCUUCUUCAGCACUGGAGACCAGCAUGCCACAGGCAACUGGGGCUACCUGGACCAAGUGGCUGCCCUACGCUGGGUCCAGCAGAAUAUUGCCUACUUCGGAGGCAACCCUGGCCAGGUCACUAUAUUUGGUGGAUCAGCAGGAGGAACGAGUGUGUCUUCACAUGUUGUGUCCCCCAUGUCCAAAGGACUCUUCCACAGAGCCAUCAUGCAGAGUGGAGUGGCCCUGCUGCCUGACCUUAUCUCUGACACACCCGAGAUGGUCUACAGAACAGUAGCCAACUUAUCAGGAUGUGAGGCCAAGGACUCAGAGGCCAUGGUGCACUGCCUCCGAGAGAAGACUGAACCAGAGAUUCUGGCUAUCAACCAGGUCUUCCGGUUGAUCCCUGGUGUGAUAGAUGGGACGUUCCUACCUAGGCACCCUCGAGAGCUGUUGGCCUCUGAGGAUUUUCACCAUGUCCCCAGCAUCAUUGGUAUUGACAGUGAUGAGUGUGGUUGGGGAAUCCCUUUGAUGAAGGGCCUUGAUCCUGUCAUAAAGAACAUAACCAGAGAGAACGCAGCAGCUGUUCUGAAGAGCACAGCAGCACAGAUGAUGCUGUCUCCUGAAUGGAGUGACCUGCUGAUGGAAGAGUACAUGGGGGAUGUGGAGGACCCCCAGACUCUGCAAGCACAGUUCAGAGAGUUGAUGGAAGAUGUCAUGUUUGUGAUCCCUGCACUCCAAGUAGCACAUUUUCAGCGGUCCCACGCUCCUGUCUACUUCUAUGAGUUCCAGCACCAGCCCAGCUACAUCAAACAUAAGGAUAUCAGGCCAUCCCAUGUGAGGGCUGACCAUGGUGAUCAUGUUGCCUUUAUCUUUGGCUCCUACUUCUGGGGCUUGAAAGUUGACUUCACUGAGGAGGAGAAGUUGCUGAACAGGAGGAUGAUGAAGUACUGGGCCAACUUUGCAAGGCAUGGGAACCCCAACAGUGAGGGUCUCCCCUACUGGCCUGAGUUGGGUUAUGAUGAGCAGUACCUGCAUCUGGACAUCUAUCCUUCUGUGGGCAGAGCUCUGAAGGCCAGGAAGCUGCAGUUCUGGACAAAGACUCUGCCACAGAAGAUCCAGGAGCUAAAGGGGGCUCGGGAGAAACACACAGAGCUUUAGUGCC